AAACAGGGAGCAAACAUUUCUCAGUAGAAGACACACUGACGCAUGGAUCCAAACGCGCAGCUGGACAGACUACCGCGCGUUUUAGAGAGCAAAAGCGCACAAGGAGGACUGUAAUCGCUGUGUUUUUUUUUCUGAUAUUGACGUGAGAGAAUUUGGGUUAUUUUUCUCUGAGGAUGUGAUGGGCAGCGACAUCAGUAAAAGCGGAAAGAGGGAAGGAGCAGCUCAUCACCGUCGGUUCAGUCAUGGCCUUCUGUCUGUUGCUCACAGACUCGGACAGCUCGGACCCUCAGGUGUUUUUUCACGGACUCCGCACCUGGACACCAGCCUGUCCAUCCCUAACAUGUCCAUGUCCCCAGAGGACACAGCUGAGACGUCAAACACAGAGAAGACUCCUUCAGAUUCAACCUCCCUCUUUCUGCCUGAGUUCCCACUCCGUACAUUUCCUGGACAAGGCCGAUUCCAGAUCCUGGGUUUUAUAGCUAAAGGAUCUUUUGGACCCAUCUUGAAAGUGAAGGGCAUUUCUGAGGAGAAGACUUAUGCUGUUAAGGUCCUGCCAAAGUCAGAGAUCUUAAAGUAUGGAGUGUUGGACCAGUCCAAAGAGGAAGUCAUCAUCCAGCGGCAGCUCAAACACCCUUUUAUCCACAAUCUGCAGGACUGCUGGCAGACACAGCACCAUCUCUUCAUUAUGUGUGACUACUGCGGCGUUGGUGAUUUGUAUACCUGCUGGUUACUGAAGAGCCAGUUUAGGGAGGAGGAGAUCCGGCUCUUUGCUGCAGAGAUGGGAAGUGCACUGGGGUUUCUUCAUGACUUGGGGAUUAUGCACAGAGAUGUAAAGAUGGAGAACAUCCUUUUGAGUGACCAGGGUCAUCUUCGCCUGUCUGACUUUGGACUCUCACGCCGCCUGAAACGAGGAGGGAAAGCAUUUACAAUAUGUGGGACAAUCCAGUACAUGGCGCCUGAAGUUUUAAGCGGGGGUCCAUACAACCAUGCUGCUGACUGGUGGUCCCUUGGCAUUAUGUUGUUUUCUCUGGUGACCGGAAAGUUUCCAGUGCCUGCAGAGUCCAACCACAACACCAUGUUUAACAAGGUCAGACAAUUUUCGUAUGUCCCACCCCAGACCUGCAGCACCGCGCUGACCUUACUGCUCACCGAGCUUUUGUGCAAGAACCCGGUGAACCGCCUUCGUAACCUGGAGUGUUUCAAAAUGCAGGCCUUCUUCCGUGGUACUUUAUUUGACCCUCAGAUCCUCCAGAAGGCACCUGUUCAAGUCAUCCUCGAGCUCAGGACCCAUCCCGAUUGGCCGACCAAAGCCAGGCGAGGCCUUUCAGUGGACCAGUUUGAUAACUUUGACUGUGAGAGAAUCCUUCAGCCUCCGACAGCCUCUUCUGAAUUAUCUCCCUCUCUGGCCAAUGUGGAUCUGAGCCAAGCUGCAGAACAGACUUGUGAAGCAUAAGAAAAGACCCGACUAGAAAUGAGUAAAACUGCCAAAAAGUAGUAUUUUUCCUAUUACAUGAUACCUCUUGUGUGAGAAAGUUGCAUGGACAGUUUUUUAUACACUAUGGUUCUUCCACCAGCUGUUAUUAUUUUUACAAUUUUCUAUUAAAUGUUUGUUAUUAUAUGUAGAAUUUAACGUAGAUAUAAUUACAUUAAAAUGAAAAUACCGCAUGAGAAUGUUUAGCCUUAAAUUUUGAAAUGAAUCUGACUUGAUAAAUGAAACAUUUUCCACUGUUUUGUGUUUAAUCUGUUUUAUGUUUUUUCUUUAACUAUUUGAGUAACACUUGGAUAUAUACAGCUCAGUCAAAACAAACCACAGUAGUAUUUUGCUGGACCUCUGUCAGCUUUGAUUACAGGACAAAUUCGCUGUGGUAUUGUUUAUGCUACUCAAUGCUUAUACAAUGUCAUAACAAAUGGCAAAACAUUUAUCACUGUUCAAUGUUGCAUUCAUUUUUUGUCAAGAUCUUGUAUUGAUGUUGAGACAGUUGGAUAGAUGUGUAAAAUCUUCUCCGUCACAUCCCAAAUAUUCAGAAUGGGGUUCAAGUCUGGACUCUGGAGUGUCCAAUUCAUAUCUUAUACAAGGUGAUCCUGAAUCCUGGUACUGUCAUAUUGGAAUAUGGAGAAAAAAUCCACUGAUGUUCAGACCUGGUCAUUCAGUAUAUUCAACUGACCCCAUUUCACAGACACUUAACAUUGCUGAACCUAGACCUGACCAACUGAAGCAGCCCCAGGUCAUAACCCUGCCCCCAUGGGCUUGUACUGUAGACACUAGGCAUGAUGGGUAAUCACUUCAUAUGCCUCUCUUCUCACCCUAAUGUGCCCAUUGCUCUGGAACAGGGUCAAUUUGGACUCAUCAAACCACAUGAUCUUCUUCCAUUGAAACAGUCUAGUCUUUAUGUUCUCUACAAACUGAUGAUUGAUUCAGAAAUGAAAAACUACUCAUUACAUUAGUUAAAUGAUUAAAGAACUUACUGCAGCUGAAAGAUAAAUCGCAGCAGAAAUCAUCCAACUGAUGAAUCUUUCCAGUUAAAUCCAGGUGGCAACUUUUUUUUGGCGGUGUAUUGAUGUAUAUCCAGCAGUGAAACUGUUCUUUUAUGUUGGACUGUCAAAACAUUGAAUAAUAAAUCAGUAAUAAUCACUAUGCCCACUAA